ACCUGGGGAAGGGCUGCCCGACAAGGUGAAACACCUGCGCGCUGGGUCCGUGUCUGCUCUUUCCCUCGAGGUCCGUAAAGAGCCCUGCUCCGUGGGACUUCUUCGUGGAGGUGGUGAUUGUGGCGAUGACAGACACGACGACGAUGGCUUCGUCUUCGUUGGAUUUCAAAAUCCCCGAAUGGGACGAUCAAGUGGAUUUUGACAUCGAAGAGGACUUUUUGAAAGAUGAAGUGCUUCGCAAUGUCUUCGAGGAAUUACUGGGCCAAGCCGAUCCCCUGAAUGAAGAGGAGCAACUGCUGCAGCAGCAGCAACUGCAAGAGCAGCAGAAACAACAACUUCGGGAGCUGCAGCAAGAACUGCAGGAGCAACAGCAACAAUUGCAAGAGCGACAGCAACAAUUACAGGAGUGGAACCAACAACAGCAGGUCCAGCAGCUACCACUGCAGGAACGGCAGCAGGGCCAGCAACUCCUACAGAGCCAGCAAAUCCCACCGCAGGAACAACAGCAGGGCCAGCAGCAACAGCAGGGCCAGGAACUCCUGCAGGGCCAGCAAAUCUCAUUUGAGGAACAGCAGCAGGGCCAGCAGCAACAGCAGGGCCAGGAACUCCUGCAAGGCCAGCAAAUCUCGCUGCAGGAACAACAGCAGGGUCAGCAAUUCCUGAAAGACCAGCAAAUCCCACUGCAGGGGCACCAAUUCACCCUGCAGUGCCUGCAACUCCCACUGCAGGGGCAGCAGCAACUGCAGGGGCCGCAGCAACUGCAGGGGCCGCAGCAACUGCAGGGCCAACAACUCCCACUGCAGGAACAACAACAACAGCAGGACCCUCCACUCCGGCAGGGACAGCAACUGCUGCAGAACGAGCAAAUGCCACUGCAGGGGCAGCAGCAACUACCACUGCAGGGGCAGCAGCGACUUCAUCAGUCAGCACAGGAGAUGUGUCCAGGGUCCCUUGAGCUCACCCAGUCACCCCACUGGGCGAUGACAAUCGCUCAGACAGAGCCAGAGGAGGAGGAGGAGGAAAGCGAAGAAAAGGGCAGAUCCAAUGUGGCAGCGGAGAGGAAAGACAAGAGGAAACGGAUCAAGUUUUGCCGAGAGCAGCUAGAAGUCCUGUGGAAACACUUCAAAAGGAAUGAAUACGUCACCCCUAGCCAAGUCCGAACCUUGAUGAGCCAGCUGGGAAUGACUGAGAGACAGGUCAGAGACUGGUUCAGUAACCAGCGUGUGAAGAAGAAAAAACACCUCGGAAAGCUGAUGAAGCAGAUGGGUGGGCUUCACCCAGGGCCCACCACAGGCUGGCAUCCCACAUCCAAACUACCUCAUCCUGAAGCUGCAGUUCCUGCAAUGCCCCGGGCUACCUAUGGUCACGCAACCUACCAGCCAUUGCCGGCACCUCCCUGGCCCUGGCCUCCCUCCUACCACCCCUUGUAUCCUGAGACAUUGGCCACAGACCCCUACUGCCCAAUGCCGAUGACUCCUCACCUUGAAGAAAGUCCCCCAAGCCUUCCCGCUGUUACCCCACCUUACCAGGGCUACUCAGCUCCCUCCUCAGGAGGCUUUUAGGUCCUGGGAAGAGCAGGAUGCGAAAAGUUACUAAAAUGGACCUGAUCACGUGUGUUCCUCUCCUGCCAUGGAGAGUUGCCUUCUGAUUGCACUUCUGACUGCCCCCCUGGAAGUGUCCUGGGGCAACAAGUAUCAAUAAAAGGUGACAUGACUUUUU